ACAUACACACAAAACACUCCCACAUCACAAUCAACCACACCACACACCAAACAACAACCAACCCCACCCCACCAACCCCCAAACCUUCCCCCCACACCACCCGCCCACACCCACCACAAACACAAAACCAAACACCAACACACACCUCCAACCCCAAACCACCACAAACACACAACACACCACCAAAACACACCCAACAACCCACCGAACACCAACAAACCCAACCACAACCCAAACCCACCCACAACAACCCCAAACAAAACAACACCCACAACAACCACACCACCCAACCCC